CACAGGAUCAUCACAUCAGAUGAGGUGCAGCACCAGAGGAUCAGAGGGCUGCAGAUGAAGAUGCUUUGAUUACACCAGUCUUAUGUUGGUACAGUGUCUCAUGUUAACAGUGUGAAAGAGCAAUUUAUACGGAGGAAAAUGCAGUCGGACGAUCCACAGUCUCUCAAACGAGUAAAGAAAUGUGAGAUAGAUGUGCAUCCAACAGAGAAAGCACUGGUUAUACACUAUGAACUUGAAGCGUCCAUUUUAGGAGAGACAGGCGAUGCCAUGCACAAGGGCGUGAAACAAUGUCAAAAAAUCAUCAGACUGAGGAGUUUGAAUGCGGGGACUGAUGUUCCCUCUUUUGCCAGGAAGGUGGUGGAUGAGUGCAGGCUCAUUCAUGCAUCAAAGCUGCCAGAGGUGGAACAUCUGCUGCUUUAUCUGCAGAACCGAAAGAAACCGAGCAGCAAAUUGGAGAAGAAAGAGAAGAAACCAGUUAAACCCAGAGAACUGAUGCCAUUUGAAGGAAUGGAUAUUGAUGAAGAGGCCAACAUUAAUAAAAUUGAUGAAUACAUGGAGCUUUUGUAUGAAGGCAUCCCAGAGAAGAUCAGAGGUUCCACUCUGAUUCUCCAGCUGGCCCGUAACCCUGACAACCUGGAGGAGCUUCUGCAUAAUGAGACUGCGCUUGGAGCUUUGGCCCGAGUGCUGAGAGAAGACUGGAAACAGAGUGUGGAAUUAGCUACUACUAUAGUCUAUGUCUUCUUCUGCUUUUCAAGUUUCUCUCAGUUCCAUGGUCUUAUUACACACUAUAAGAUUGGCCUUCUCUGCUUGAACAUCAUCGAGCAUGAACUGAGGAAAUAUGACAUGUGGCAGGAUGAGUUGGAGAAGAAGGACAAAGCUUGUGAUGAAGCCCCCGACAACCAGAGCUUGCGAAAGGAGCAUGAGAAAACUCUUAAGAAAUACCAAAGUCUUCUGCUCAAACAGGAGCAGCUGCUACAAGUUGCUUUCUACCUGCUGUUGAACCUGUCUGAAGACACCAGAACAGAGCUCAAGAUGAGGAACAAGAACAUUGUGCACCUGCUGGUGAAGACUCUGGAGAGAGAUGAUGAGGAACUGUUGGUGCUGGUGGUCUCCUUCCUCAAAAAGCUAAGCAUCUUUUUGGAGAACAAGAAUGACAUGGCCGAGAUGGAUACAGUGGAGAAACUGGCUCGUCUGGUUCCAUGCGAACAUGAAGACCUGCUAAACGUCACUCUGCGGCUCCUUCAUAAUCUCUCCUUCGAUACAGGACUGCGCACCAAAAUGGUGCAAGUGGGUCUUCUUCCUAAACUCACUGCUCUGCUGGGUAAUGACUCGCAUAAGCACGUGGCGAUGCGCAUACUCUACCACAUCAGUGUGGACGACAAAUCCAAAUCCAUGUUUGCAUAUACUGAUUGCAUCCCUCAGCUCAUGCAGAUGCUGUUUGAACACGGCGACGAAACGAUCGACACGGAGCUCAUCUCCUUCUGCAUCAACCUGGCCGCCAACAAGAGGAACGCUCAAAUCAUCUGCGAGGGAAAUAGACUGAAGAUGCUGAUGAAGCGAGCACUCAAACUGAAGGACCCACUACUGAUGAAGAUGAUUAGGAACAUCUCGCAGCACGACGGCCACUUGAAACAGCUCUUCGUUGAUUUUGUGGGCGACCUAGCGGCUCAGAUCAAUCAAGAGGGCGAUGAAGAGUUUGUUAUUGAGUGCUUGGGUACAAUGGCAAACCUCACCAUCUCUGACCUGGACUGGGAACUCCUGUUGAAAGAGUACAACCUGGUGCCUUACCUCAAAGACCACCUCAAACCUGGCUCAGCAGAGGAUGAUCUGAUUUUGGAGGUGGUGAUCAUGAUUGGUACAGUGUCUACGGAUGACUCUUGUGCCGUCAUGCUUGCUAAGUCUGGCAUCAUCCCUGCCCUCAUUGAGCUGCUAAAUGCCCAGCAGGAAGACGAUGAAUUUGUGUGUCAGAUCAUCUACGUCUUCUACCAGAUGGUCUUCCACCAGGCCACCAGAGAUGUGAUCGUUAAGGACACACAGGCCCCUGCCUACCUCAUCGACCUAAUGCACGACAAGAACGUGGAAAUCCGGAAGGUUUGUGACAACACUCUGGACAUUAUCGCUGAGUAUGAUGAAGAGUGGGGUAAGAAGAUCCAAAGCGAAAAGUUUCGCUGGCACAACUCUCAGUGGCUGGAGAUGGUUGAGAGCCGACAGAUGGAGGACGCGGAGCCCUAUCUGUACGGAGACGACCCUGAUGCCCUGGAGCAGCCUGAUCUUUUCUACAGCACGGACGGUAUGAUGCCCCCUGAGCCAGGCCUCAGUCCAGACUUCUACAACCAGUUUCUCACUCAGAACGGAGACUUCAACGCCUGCAACGGAGCUGAUGGACGUCCUGCCACUGCCUAUGGUUUUCGUCCAGAUGAGCCGUUCUUUCACGGGUACUGAUCCAACAGACAGGGCUGCUACAGAAACUACAUCUUUUGCAAGUCCAUUUUUAUUUCCUAGCAUGGUGAACAAACUCAGUCACUCUGUUCUUAUUCAACAAAAUGUGAGCUUAAAAAAAAGGCAUUUUAAUGAAGAGCCCCCAGUGAAGUGCUUUUUAUAGCAUUCAUUAACAUAAUAACAUAAUGUUUCAUAGAUAAAUAUCUAAAUGAUUGUACAACAAAAUUGCUUAAUAUAUAUUAAGCAUUAUAAAAUGAUUGGAAAAAGUGUUAGCUGAAACUCUGUGGUUUCAUUGGCUUAAGAUCUCGUAAAACGGCACUCCAGUCAUAUACAGGGUACUCUGUAAUUGUAAUGCAUGCUCCAGUUGCCACGAAGCAAAGUUGCUAAUUUCAGAAAACAUUAUUGGUGGUUACAUUUUAGUUAUUUAGUUACUAACACAUGUUGGGAUUGCAGGGAAUUCACUUUAACUGUAACUGCACUACAUUAAUUUCAUACUGAUUUGUCAUAAUCAGUACUAAGCUGUAAUUGGAUGACCAACUUACUCAUAUCCUAUCAAGAAGAAAAUGUGUGACGAUGAACUUUAACUUAAAGCCAGUUACUUUAUAAUUCAGAUAUUAUUUAUUACAAAGAAGUAUGCUUGGAUGAAACCCGAUUGCAUAUGCAGCUUUUAAAAUGUAGCCUUACAUCAUUUAUAUCAGAUAUGUUGCACUACUUCUCAUGUAUAACAACACUGUGUUCUGUACUUGGUACCUGUCAAAAAUGUCAUCAUAUAUCAUAUAAAAUUAUAUAUAAGACGAUGUUAUUCGGUAGAGCUAUUUAUGAAUUAAAUUAACUACCUAACUAUGUCCAAGAUUUAUUGUACAAUUUUUUUUAAUUUUUAAUUUUGUUUCUAGGGUGUUAAAUGUUGCCUUUGUUAUGACUUUGUGUAUAUAUUUACUUGUUUAUUAUAUGUUGUAUUAAGAUGUUGCUGUAUCCAUCAUUUUUAAGUGUUUAUAAAACAGUACUGUCACUUUUAGUAAAUUUUAAAUUAUUACAAUUCAGGACGUCUCUGUAUUUCCAGACACAAAAGGUGCCUCCUACGAUCUUGCCCUUUGCUGCUACUAUAUAAUGAUCCUGUGAAUUAGAGUUAAUCAAGUUAAUUGUCCUUAAUGGCA